AUGUUCUCCCUUCAGUCGUUGUUCAGUCCGCUUGCACGCGUGACUCAACCUUCCGGUGUUUUCUGCCGCUACGCCUCUCUUUUGGGUAACUUGUCUCCGGCGCCUAACUCGCAGAAGAACUUGAAGAGAGUUGGUAGAGGUCCGCAGUCCGGGAUGGGUAAGACUUCCCGCAGAGGUCAGAAGGGUCAGAAGGCCAGAAACAACGUUAACCUGUGGUUUGAAGGUGGCCAGACACCAUACUACAGACUCUUCCCCAAGAGAGGGUUUAGAAAUGUGCACGCGCUCGACUACGUGUCUCUCAACUUGUUCAGAGUGCAGGAGUACUACCAAAAGGGCUUCUUGAACAUUCCAGAAGGCGGUGUAUUGGACAUGUGUGCCAUGAAGAAGUGCGGGUUGGUUACCGGUAACCCUAAGGACGGGAUUAAGCUCUUGGGUUUCGGUUCCGGCCAGUUCACUGCGCCGUUGAAGAUUGAGGCCUCCAAGGCGACUCCUAGAGCUAUUCGCGCAAUUGAAAAGGCCGGCGGCUCGUUUGUGGCCAAGUACCACAACAGAAUGGGCUACAGGGCGCACUUGACCCCAGGUAGAUACAUUUCCAAGUACGGCAGAAUGCCGUUGGAGGGCAGACCGAUCAAGAAGAAGCUUAUCGAGUACUAUUCCGACGAAUCCAGAAGAGGGUACUUGGUCUACGAGAAAACAUACUUGGCCAAGCUCGCCGCUGCCGGUAAUGCCAAGGCCUCCAGCAAGGCCAAGAAGAACUCCUUGGACGCCCAGUUAGAGGCCGCGUCCGAUAAGGUCUGCGCCGAGUCCAACAAGGUGAUUCGCUUCGAGGACUUUGUCAAGAUGUAA